AUGAUCUGUUGGUUCACAUUUAGAACGGCGCUAGUAGACCCAGACGGAUCCGCAGAGCUGGUAGAUGCAGCCACAGAACUGGUGGACGCAGCCGCAGAGCUGGAGGUCGCAGCCGCAGAACUAGUUGACGCAGCCGCAGAAGUGGUGGAGGCGGCAGACGUACCUGGCACAAGAGAUUGCGCCGUCGCUCUUGUUUCACUAAUACACGUAGUAUUCGAUUUUUGCGCCAAG